GUGCUAUUUGUCCUGUCUUUUAUUAAUAUUCUUAAUGAUGUUUCACUCUCUGCCUGUUAGUUCCCCUCAUCGUGUUUGCUAUAUCCUUGGGUGAUGAUUUUGUAAUGCACUGUUACAUCUUACUGGAAAUACCUACAGUUUUCUCCCUACCAAACAACAAAAAAAAAAAAGGAAAAAGAAAAAAAGAAAACAUAAUACUUGGUGUGAUGAAUCUUUUGGGUUACAGUGUACGUAAGUUUUGUAUUAGCUAGAGUUGAUCACCUAACUCUUGCAGAGACCUUCCACAUGGCACUCACUAAGACAAAUAAUUAAACCUAGCUGAUCAGGGUCUAUAUAUCAGAUAAUUUCAUGCAAAUAUUGUUAAUAGUUAAGAGUGCUAUAUUAAAGGGUGUUAGAUCUGAAAAUAAUUCCUAUGAUUUUUCAAUCAUCCCUUUUACUUGAAUACAAAUAAUUACUGUUUCCAUUGUGUAAAUUGUUGAAUUAAUACUGGAACAGAAUGCAACAAAUUGAUCAACUUUUGAAGACUUACUGCUGGACUUGAAUUUUGUCAGUCAGGUGCCAAUUUAAAUUUUAUACUACUUUGGGAUACUCCUCAUGAUGGGUUAAACAGAAUCAAAUCUAAUAGUGCCUCCAGAAUUUCGGUCAAGCAAUCAUAUAUAUGCAGGUGUCCAACCAUAUGGAGAAAACUAGGGUUUAAGCCAUAGGAUUCUGGUAAUUGGAGUCCCGUCGGAAUUGCACAUAUGUCCCUACAAAAGUACGAUGUUAUAUGUUUCUGAACUUAAUUGCUUGAUCAGAAUGCUAGACUCUGAGAUUGAUGCCUUCCUUCAAAGUUAUAUGUGAAAAGUUUGAAAACUGUUGACUGCUAGAUAUAUGAAGAUAGUGUAUAUAUUUUAGAAGAAAACUUAAUUUGUGUAUCUGCCUUUUAUGAAUGCUGCAUUCUAAUGUAUGGUGAAUCUUUACAAAUAAGUUAACUGUUUAAAUCCGUUGUUCGACCAUCCGACUUAAAGAUCUGCUUGUUGUUUUGUAAUAAACAUUUUCAUAUUUGGUGUCUUUUAAUCUUGUAUCAUGGUAACACAUAUGUAUGGCACCAAGGUGCAAGCACUUCGAAGUUAUGAUAACGCUUCCAAUUUGGAAAACUGCAUAGAUCAUCAUGAUCUGCAGCUUUUGAAACCCUCACAAAAAUUUUAUAUUGGAAUUAAAUGUAAGAGGAGUCUUGAAUUUAUUUCAACCAUAUAUACAUUUUUUGAUACAAUUAAUGCAUAAACUGUAAACCUCCAAAUCAAAAAUGACUUUCUUAUUAAUGAGUAAAUUAUAUUUGAUCAUAAUGUAUGGCAUCAAUCCUUAUAUUCGUGUGUAGCAACCCCUAUUAGUAGACCAGGGGUUGGACCAAACUGAGUAUUAUAUGCCUAUCAUGCCUGUGAUAGUUGUGCCAAAAUUGUUUAGAAGCUUUUUAAACUUGUGCAAUACUCUUUAUCGUCUGUGUGGUACUCUUAAUACUAAAUGCUUCCUAAUUCCAUUUUGUUGUUAUUAAUUUCUUAGUGAUGCCUGCACUAUUAAAAUCAGUUGAAACUAAGUUUUCAAAAUUAUUUAACGUUGCUUGCUAACUUUUCUGUUGCCUAUCGUUGCAUCUAAUCUUUCUUUAUACGACACCUUAAUACAGGUGGUUGCUGUCAAUUUUUCUUUGGACUCCAUGAAAACUCUGGACCAAAUGUUCUUAAAUUAGUAUAAACACUUGGACUUUUGGUGCAUAACUUACAAGAAGGACAAAUACAUAAAUACAAAGAGAUUCUCUUGGUCACCCCAACCCAAUGAUAGAAAACACUAUAAAUAUAAAGGCCAGAACUAGUAACAAAGCUGCUUCUUGAUGUCUUCUAUGAGCAUUGCAACAAAAGCCUAGAAACAUCAAGUUUGUCAAGCCUUAUCAUAAUUUAAGUAGCUCUUUAUCUGAAGCUUGAAGGUUUGAGGUGAAUUUUAUGAACAUGGGGUAUGAGAGAAAGAAAAUGAGGGGCUUUCUAAGAAAGGAGCCUUCGAAAUUUGGAUUUCUCUUGCUACUGGGCUGCUUUGUAAUCUCGAUGGCCCUUAUCGGAAUGUCGAGACAUUAUGUUGUUUCCUUUCCAAAAUUGAAUUUCUUGGUAUCGCUUCAUGCAACCUCUUCGGGUUUGCUCGCGGGAGAUAAGAUGAUUUCUCGUCACCGCGGAAAUCUACUAACAGAGCAUGCAGGUGAGCCGCUUUGUGACUUUUCAGGCAUAAGAUCAAAUAUCUGUGAAAUGAAAGGGGACAUCAAAAUCCAUGGCAACUUAUCAUCAAUCAUCUUCAUCACUUCUUCGAAAAUCCACGAAUCCUAUCGCAUGAAACCCCAUGCUCGAAAGCAAGACAAGUAUGCCUUAUCUCAUGUGAAGGAAUUGUCUGUAAAAUCCGUGUCUGCAAAUGAUGACACACCCAAAUGCACAAUGAAACACAAUAUCCCUGCGAUCGUCUUCUCAACCGGAGGAUACAUGGGGAAUAUGUUCCACGACUUCACCGAUGUUUUGAUCCCAUUAUUCAUAACUACGCACCGGUUUAAUGGAGAAGUGCAAUUCCUCGUUAGUGACUAUCGGCCAUGGUGGAUUCUUAAGUACCAACCUUUGUUGAAGCAACUCUCGAGGUACGAAACUAUAGACUUUAACAAGGAGAAUGAAGUUCAUUGCUUUAAUGAAGUGAUCGUGGGUCUGAAGUUUCACAAAGAGAUGAGUAUUAAUCCCUCCAGAACUCCAAAUGGCUACUCCAUGGUCGACUUCGCUAAGCUUAUAAGGCGGUCCUUCACGCUACAGAGAGAAAGUGCAAUCAAUCUCCAUGAAAAUCAUGACAAGAAACCUCGACUUUUGAUAAUAUCAAGAAGGCGGACGAGGUCAUUCAUGAAUAUAAAUGAAGUGGUCCAAAUGGCUUCGGAAUUAAACUACGAAGUGCUUGUGGAGGAAGCCGGAUUGAAUUCGAACUUAGGGAACUUCUCACAAGUCGUGAACUCAUGCGACGUGCUUAUGGGAGUGCACGGUGCGGGUCUAACGAAUCUCGUGUUUCUUCCGACCAAUGCAGUUGUCAUACAAGUAGUCCCUCUAGGCGGACUGGAAAGUAUAGCAUAUGAGGAUUUUGGAGUGCCUUCUAUAGACAUGAAGUUGAGAUAUUUGCAAUAUAGUAUAAGUGAAGCAGAGAGUAGUCUAAUAGAACAAUAUCCAAGAGAUCACCCAGUGUUCAAAGAUCCUGCCACUAUAAGGAAACAGGGGUGGCUUGCUUUGAGAUCUACAUACUUGAUCAACCAAAAUGUCAAGCUUGAUGUUGGGAGGUUUAGGGGUGUUUUAUUAGAAGCCCUUGAUCUUCUCCAUCAGCAAGUAGAAUAGAUAUAAUUUAAUAUUUUUUAGUAUCUGUUGCAUUUUAUAAUCCUUUCUCUAGCAAAUUUAUAUGAAGAUUAAUUUGCUGUAUACUUCUAAUUAAUCUGUAAUUUGCAGUCAUCUUGCAAGAUUAAUGUAUUUGCGGAAUCAUUAUUAUUAUUAUUAUUA